GCGCAGACGCGAGCUGCCCAGUGAGCUAACAGAAUUCUUAUGAGACUGGCCUGGCAAUCAAUGGCAUGGCAGAAUGCUCGAGACCAAGUCCCCUUUGACCACAGUCCGUGCACAGUGCGCGCAGAGACCAACCGUUUCUCACCCUCUCCCUUCGGGGUGUGCGACGGCCCCGAGGAUCUCCGCGCGCCGAAUACAGCGCGAACUCUCGCGACCUGCGAAUCCACCAAGAAUGGGAUCGCAAGCCGCGCUACGUGCUUCUGAGACGGCGAUGGGGCGGCUGUCACCUCGGGCUAAUUAAUUACGCCGCGAGGCGGAGGUGACGUUAUUGAGUAACGCCGAUCGACGAGCGGAACCAAGGGGAAUCUCGAUCGAGAGUCCGCGAUCCGCUAGCACAGGGCGAUGUCGUUGUGACGUCGGGCACUCCGUGACAAAUCGACCAGCCGAGCGCGAGGAGUCCGGUCGGAUCACCGGGUGGAUCAUGAGCCAUGGAUACGCGACCCGAAAGCGACGCGAAUUCGGAGGAGAAGCGUAAGGAAGAGCGCGCUUAAGCCAUGGGUAGCGGAGGAGUUGGUGAAGUACCAACGAUAUUUCACCCCCGACGAUCGCGUACGUCGAAUAUAGCCUUCGUCGAAGAUCAGCAGACCCACGGUCCGUUCAUCACUCCCAUCCAGAUUGCGCUCCACGCUUCAGGAUGCGAGCAGCAGCAGCAGCAGGGUUACAACGUCGCCGACAGAUGCGGCGAUUCCGGGUCGAGUUAUCGCACCCUGGAGGCCACCGGAAGUGCCGUAGGAAGCGGCGGCGGCGGCGGCGGCGGCGACACCGGGACCGGCGGUUUGCAACCGACAGGCCAGACUCACUCGUCGACUCAUGUGACCUCAGCCCCGGUCGUUCAGCAGCAACCGAGCUCGUUUUCAGCCUGCCUCGCCUCCUGCUGCGCGGAAAGCGCAAAGAAGAUAUAUUUCGGGGUGUGCGUGACGAUAUGCGUGACCGCGAGUUGGGUCGGAGCGACUCAUUGCAUCAAGUAUUUGUAUUUUCAUAAGCCAGACAAGAUCUCGGAAACGUCCGAGUCCGCAAAUUCCUCCGUGAGCGGACUCCAUCAUCAACAUAUCAUCCUUCCGUACGACGCGCCCUUCUUUACGACGUGGUUUUGCACCAAUUGGGUAGUCUUGUACUUCCCGGUAUACUUCAUCUGUCGGGCUGCCAGGACCAAGUGCGCCACCCCUUCGGAGAUAAUCGCCGACAGCCUCCGCGGUUUCCGCGACAAGGGCUUCACUGGCGGCCGCUUUUUGAUCAGAUGCAGUCUCUUCUGCAGCUUGUGGGUCAUCACGAAUUACUUGUACAUACUCUCGUUGAGGAUACUGCUAGCCACGGACGUGAUGGCGCUAUUCGCAACCAAUGUUUCAUGCGUCUACCUGCUCUCGUGGGUUAUUCUUCACGAACAAUUCGUGGGCGUGAGGAUAGUCGCAGUGAUCCUCUGUAACACCGGCAUCGCGCUCCUAGCUUAUAUGGACGGCAUAACCGGGAGUCCGACGUUGGGGGGUGUCGUUUUAGCUACAGCAGCGGCAGCUGGCUCUGCCGUGUACAAAGUCCUCUUUAAGAAAGUCAUCGGAGAAACUACGUUCGGCCAAAUGUCUUUGUUUUUCUCUCUCAUCGGUUUGUGCAACGCCGCCCUGUUGUGGCCGAUUUGUCUGGCUCUGUACUUCUCCGGGGUGGAAACCAUAAACUGGGCGAGAUUGCCAUGGGCAGCACUACUCUCCGCCAGCAUCCUCCAUUUAGUCGCGAAUAUGCUCGGCAAUUUCAGCAUCGCGCUCACCUACGACCUUUUCAUUACUCUUGGAUUAAUAACAGCUGUUCCCGUGUCUGCCGCACUGGACGUUAUUUUUUACGGGGCGUACUUCAUGGGCAUGAAAUUAGCAGGCAUGAUCUUCAUCGCGGUGGGUUUCUUCCUCGUCAUGUUCCCAGAUAAUUGGCCAGAUUACAUAACAAGACUGCUCCGUACCACGGGAGGCGGCGGCCAGCAACGCGGCAGCAGGAAUAUCCUUAGGGGUCGCCGAACGUCUCUCCAGCAACGUCAGCACCGCCUGCGGAGCUACGGCGUUUCCGCCGCGCACGGAGAUGGCCAGACGCUGCUACCAAUCAGCAACAACAACAACAACAAUAGCAGCAGCAGCAACAAUCAGCCUGCCGUACUUCGACACGUUAACAACCCCCAACAAUACAGCUCGACCUCCGAAACCCAAUCACGCCGUGUCCUUCCUUCUACCUCGACCUCUAUCACUUCGACCUCGACCUCGACCACCACCGUCGUCAGCAACAGCUAUUCGCAUGAUCCUCGUAAUCAACAGCAAGGUGGAGCAGGAGACACAGGCACGGCAUGUCAGAUAGAUCAUCGCGCGACGUGAUCGAUUAUCGAACUGGUUACAUAAAAUCACACCUACGCUCACCCUCGGGCAGGGUUCGGUGACUAAACACGUGGAAAAACGAAGCAAUAAUUAAGAGAUUAUGGCAGAGCUACACAAACCUCAUUGGCAAUGGCUCGAUAGCCAGUGUUAUUGUCAACGUAUAAACACGAAUUUGACCAGAAAAUAGAGUUAAUCUCUCUCGGUAACUUUUAAAUCUUCUGAAUCCUUAGGGCUACCUUGAAGUAUAUUAAUGGUGUACCGUUCCAUCAUCAUCUCAACCAUUUAUAAUUGAUUUAACUAUGGCUAGUAUCAACUCUGGAAAGAAAUGAGAAAAUCAAUUAGACUAAUUGUAAGUUUAAGUAAACAAAUGUAAGUAAAAAAUCUCUGUCCUCAACACUUUCAUCAAGUACUUACUUAAAUUUCUUAAUUUAUUUAAAAGAUUAAGCAUCUUAGUGAGUUUAUUAAGCAUCUUAAUGAGAUACCUGCGGUUGAAACUAACUUAAAGUAAAAGAUUUAUUUUAAAUCGCAUAAAGAAAUCUUUGAAGAGCUCGUAAGAACAUCUUGCAGAAAUAUAUUAACAAAAAUAAUAUAGUUGAUAUUUUCUCUCUUACUGUUGAUAUUUUCUACUCUUUUACUACACGAUCAUUAUUUAAAAAGCUACAAAAGUAUUCACAUAUUGGAUCUAGGUGUAUCAGAGAUGUCUCUGUGGUAUUCACGAUAUUAACGUACAUAUUAUCAAUGUAUGUAUAUGUGAUAACUGUAGCUCAAUUUAGCAUGAAAACUUCGGGUCGAUGAGAGUCAUGCAAAACAGCAAAACUUCUCUGUAGAUGUAUCCCAUUACAGACAGACUCGCCAGAAAACUUGCUAGUAUGACCUGAAAAAUAAACACGACUUGAAGUCACGAAAAUAUUGAUAAACUCAAUUUUCGAUGUUAUAGCGUGCUAUCAGAAACAGAUCGGCAGCAAAUUAGAACUCUUGUCCGGUUCAAUACGUUUUCAAAUGAACCGAACUAUAUUAAAAAUAAUAUUUGGAUCUCUCUCAAGAUCUUCAUUCAGCAUUUUCACGCUAUUCACAAAUAUCACGAUACUCGACGCAUCGUCAUAUAGUGGAAAUUACAAACGGAUAUGAAUAAUACAUAAAGACAAUCAGAAAUAGAGUAUUACCUCUAAAUAUUGUUCGUUUUCGAAGAUAUCGUUGAUCCGUAUGAUGUUAUUUGUAGCAAAUAUCGUGAGGAAAAUUAAUGAUACGAUGUUUUACCGCGAUACAUAUUUGCAAAUUGAUACGAAUGUCUCAUAGUGAUAUUCUUAUCCCACAGAAUUAGUGUAAUAUCACAGGGUUGAUAAUUUUAUUUCUACUCUAAGUCCUUCUUACUUACGUAAUGCUUCAAAGGUGUCGAAAUUUGUGAUGACUAUAGUUUGUAAAAUGACAGACAUUUUAUGCCAGAAAUACUAGGUACGUAACAGCUCAAUUUACGAUAUACAUGUAUGUAUAUCGUUCCCACGUUUACAUUAAAUUUCACAAAGUAAACAUAACGAAAAUUUGGGGAUUAUUAAGGUUCGUGAUCAGCUUAGAAUCUGUUUAUGAUGAAAUUAUAAAAAUCUCAUCGAGCUCGAAUAGGAAUAUCUGUAACACGUAAACUUCUAUAAACAAAUUAAGUGCUAAAUAUAUUGAUCGUAAAUAUAUUUUUAUAAGUGUUACAUACGACAUUUUUUCAUAGAAUUAUUUUACACCGAUUGUUACUUUUCAUGAAUUAUCUACAAUAAGUACAAUUAUAUCUAUUUGUGUUGCUAGAUACAAUUUUGUACAUAAUUCUGACAGAUAUCACCUACAAGUUUCACAAUUAAUUUCAACAUUUUGAUUAAGAGUACGCCGGAAUGUAUGUCGACAGAUUUAUUUCAUUUGUACAUAUAUUGUCAAUUACACAAAAAUUAACACGUGACGGUUGUAGCCGUAAUAAUUAUAAUAUAUUUAUUGUAAAGAUACGUUGUAAUAGAGAUUCUAGUUUAACGUUAAUAUACAAGAGGAAUAUUAUGGAAACAUUGAGAGAACGAAUGUGAUUGUGUUAAUAAUAUAUCUAGUUUAGUAAAAA